AUGUCUUGUAAUGUGAAGGACGACUUUGAUGUCGUGGUGCAGAUCCGCAAGAUCUCUGCAUCAGGAGAGCUACUUGAAUCGCUUAACUGGUCACCGAUGCCCGCACCAGGGCCGAAGGUCCCUAAUGUCAAUGUCGCAAAGCAUUUGGGGCAGCAGGGUAUGCUCCGAGCCUCGCAUCACGUGAGCCUCCAACCCCGGGCCAGCGAAGAUGAAGUGCCGGUGUAUGAUCACCGCAGGCGCGAAGCGAUCACUCCUGGAGAUAUCGUCCCUCUUCUGAUCCCAAUAUGGCCCCUGGGCGUGGUCUUUGAGGCUGGUGAAGGCUUGGUGCUACGAAUCUCGGGUCACGACAUGUCACUCCCGGAAGCAGAGGCAUUGAGAUUGACAGCUCCAGGGGAUGAAAAUGAAGGGCAGCACACCGUGUACACAGGUGGGGAAUAUGAGAGCUAUCUUGUUAUUCCAGUCAUCGAAGGAUAG